AUGACUGAGGAAGUCAAAUCUAUCUCGCCCUUUGGCAUUGCCCGCUCAACUGUCAAGGGCGAGCCUCUCUCCAAGGAGGAGAUCCAGCAGUACAAUGACUUCUUCAAGGCCAGCUGCUACCUCUCCUUAGGUAUGAUCUACCUCAAGGAGAACCCUCUUCUUCGAGAACCCCUCAAGGCCGAUCAUCUCAAGCUUCGAUUGCUUGGUCACUUUGGCUCUGCCCCCGGCCAAAUCUUCACAUACAUGCACUUUAACCGUCUGAUCAAGAAGCACGAUCUCGAUGCUCUCUUCAUCUCUGGUCCCGGACACGGUGCCCCCGCUGUCCUGUCUCAGUCUUAUCUGGAGGGUGUCUACACCGAAGUGUAUCCUGACAAGACUCAAGAUGCUGAGGGUAUGCAAAAGUUCUUCAAGAGCUUUUCCUUCCCCGGUGGAAUUGGCUCUCAUGCUACUCCGGAAACCCCAGGAUCUCUCCACGAGGGUGGUGAGCUGGGUUACUCCAUCUCACAUGCUUUUGGUGUUGUCUUCGAUAAUCCUGACUUGAUUGCUCUUACUAUGGUUGGUGAUGGUGAGGCUGAGACUGGUCCCCUGGCUACCGCCUGGCACAGCAACAAGUUCCUCAACCCAAUCGUUGACGGUGCUGUCCUCCCUGUUCUUCAUCUCAACGGUUACAAGAUCAACAACCCUACAGUCCUUGCUCGAAUCUCACACCGAGAACUUGAAUGUCUCUUUAUCGGUUAUGGCUGGCAGCCAUACUUUGUUGAGGGUGACGAUGUUGAGACCAUGCACCAAGCUAUGGCUGCUACUCUCGAGCACUGCGUGGAUGAGAUUCGAAAGAUCCAGAAGGAGGCCCGUGAUUCCGGCGAGGCCAAGCGACCUCUGUGGCCCAUGAUCGUUCUCCGAAGUCCCAAGGGCUGGACUGCCCCUCGCAAGGUUGACGACAACUAUCUGGAGGGUUACUGGCGAGCUCACCAGGUCCCCAUCGCAGACCCCGCCACAAACCCUGCUCACCUCAAGGUCCUUGAGGAUUGGAUGCGAAGCUACGAGCCUGACCGUCUAUUCGACGAGUCUGGCGCGCCUAUUGCUUCUCUCCGUGCUCUUGUGCCUGAAGGUAACCGACGAAUGAGCGCCAACCCCGUCGCCAACGGCGGUGCGCUUAGGAAGCCGUUGAGGAUGCCCAACUUCAAAGACUAUGCCAUCAAGGUUGACAGCCCCGGAAAUGUCAUGAACGCCAGCAUGACCAACAUGGCUGUCUUCCUCAAGGAUGUCAUUGCUGAGAACCAGACAAACUUCCGUCUCUUUGGCCCUGAUGAGACUGAGUCUAAUAAGCUUGGCGGUGUCUACGCUGCCGGGAAGAAGGUCUGGAUGGGCGAGUACUUUGAGGAGGAUGCCAACGGUGGUAACCUUGCCAAGGCCGGCCGUGUCGUUGAGAUGCUUUCUGAGCAUAACUGUGAAGGUUGGCUUGAGGGUUACCUCCUUAGUGGUCGUCACGGUCUUCUCAAUAGUUACGAGCCUUUCAUUCACGUUAUUGACUCUAUGGUCAACCAGCACUGCAAGUGGAUCGAGAAGUGUCUCGAGGUUGAGUGGCGAGCCAAGGUUGCCUCCCUCAACAUUCUCUUGACUGCAGUUGUCUGGCGUCAAGACCACAACGGUUUCACUCACCAAGAUCCCGGUUUCCUCGACGUUGUCGCCAACAAGAGCCCCGAAGUUGUCCGCAUCUACCUACCUCCUGAUGGCAACUGCCUGCUUUCUGUCAUGGACCACUGUCUCCGAUCAGUCAACUACGUUAACGUUGUUGUCUCUGAUAAGCAGGAGCAUCUUCAGUACCUCUCCAUGGACGCUGCCAUUGAGCAUUGCACCAAGGGUAUCGGUAUCUGGCCUCAGUUCUCCACCGAUGCUGGACAGGACCCCGACCUGGUCAUGGCCUCUUGCGGUGAUAUCAGCACUCACGAGUCUUUGGCUGCCAUUGAUCUACUGCUUGAGCACUUCCCUGAGCUCAAGAUUCGAUGCGUCAACGUUGUCGAUCUCUUUAAGCUGAUCCACCCCAGCGACCACCCCCACGGUCUUCCUGACACUGAGUGGACCAGCCUGUUCACUGAUGACACUCCUGUCAUCUUCAACUUCCACAGUUACCCCUGGAUGGUGCACCGCCUGACAUACAAGCGUCCCGGUAGCCGCAACCUCCACGUUCGCGGUUACAAGGAGAAGGGCAACAUCGAUACACCCCUCGAGCUUGCUAUUCGCAACCAGACUGAUCGUUUCAGUUUGGCUAUCGAUGCUAUUGACCGCAUGCCUCAACUGCACAACCGGGGUGCCUCGGCCCGCCAGGCUCUCCUCAAUGCACAGAUCCAGGCCCGCAACGAGGCUUUCGAGACAGGCAUGGACCCUCCCUUCCUUAAGAACUGGACCUGGAAGCGCAAUGGCCUUUGGAAGAAGGUUGCCGACGGCCUUGUCUCUCGAUAG